CCGGGUACCCUCUCACCCCUGCACCUCUACCGCAGUAUCGCUGCGCCUACACAACACAAUCCCGCGAUCGACGCGACCGAAAAACAACGACGAUCCGAAUCGGCGCAAGAACGCGCGCGGCAACGUUGCCACGACUCGAGCGGCCGCCCGCUCGGUUCGAACAAUUUAUUAUUUAAGGCGUCCAAUCUGCGGCCCUCGUGACGCGCAUGCGCAGUGGGAGAGUGGCUCCCAGAGUGCAUUGCGCGCUCCUUUCUCCCCCGUCCGCGCUGCCGACAUGACUAAGAAGAGAAGGAACAACGGGCGUGCGAAGAAGGGCCGUGGCCAUGUGCAGCCGGUGCGCUGCACUAAUUGCGCGCGCUGCGUGCCCAAGGAUAAGGCGAUCAAAAAGUUUGUCAUCAGAAACAUUGUGGAGGCUGCAGCUGUGCGUGACAUCUCCGAGGCCAGCGUCUUUGAGUCUUACGUGCUUCCCAAGCUGUAUGCCAAGCUGCACUACUGUGUGAGCUGUGCCAUCCAUAGCAAGGUGGUGAGGAACAGGUCGAGAGAGGCACGCAAGGACCGCACGCCUCCACCAAGGUUCCGUCCUGCUGGGGCCCAGGCUCCUCGUGUGCCACCGCCUCCAAAGCCCGUGUAAACCACGGAACGUUGUGGAAGCAAAACGAUGUUCAAUAAACGUUGAAAGAUCUGA